AUGAUUUCGGAAGCAAAUGCAAUACAAGGUGGUAAAAUAUUAAUGAAGUCAAAAUGCUUAAAAGAAACCAAUUUGCAAAUGAAAGCAAGCGACCACAAUUUGCUUUCGGCAAAAGUUCAACAGCCUGAGAAAACACCCCACAAAGCGUCAAAACCAUUCACUAAAAUCACAGACAUUCAACGAUGA